AAAAGAAGGAAUUAUUAUCUGCUCUUCAUUUUCUAAUCAGGCAUCAUGUUGGGUGCUAUAGCUAUAGUUUGCUUCGCGAUCGGUGCUGUUACAGCACUGCCUGAAGCCUCCAGUCUUCGUUACCAGUACGUCCAGGAUGCCGAGGGUGUCUCCCACCUGGUGGACUUCUGGGACACGAAGAGUGACCUCUCUGACGCCGCGAGAUAUAACCCAACGACUGAAAACAUUUAUCACCUGUUUACUAGGAACAACCCCUCAGUGAGUCAGCCCCUGCUCCAUGGCAACACAGCGCUUCUCUCAAACAGCAACUUCAACCCCAGCAAGAAAACUGUCAUCCUCAUUCACGGAUGGAGGACCAACGUCACCGGUCUCUUAGGAAGCGUUAUGAUUCCAGCAUUAUUACAAGGGGGAGAUGUCAACGUCAUCGGUCUAGACUGGAGUGCAGGAGCAAGUACUAUUAACUACCUCGCGGCUAUGGCUAACACUGUUACUUCAGGCGCUGCAGUAGCUGCCUUCAUCAGCUGGUUAAACUCGGCGACGGGAGCCUCUCUCAGCAGCUACCACAUCAUAGGCCACAGUCUUGGAGGACAGCAGGUUGGGAUCGUCGGCAGGAACCUGGAUGGACAACUGCCUUAUAUCACUUCUCUAGACCCAACCCUCGCCGGUUGGAUCACCAACCCUGACAGCUUCAACGCGACUGACGCGGUCUAUACCGAGGUUAUUCACACGAAUGCUGGUGUCAAUGGCGUGUUGCUGCCAGCUGGUGAUGUGGACUUCUACCCCAACGGAGGGGUUGUGAUGACAGGAUGCUCAGGAAAUUACUGUAGCCAUGAUAGAGGUAUCUACUACAUGGCUGAAUCGGUGAUCUCUGGAGGCUUUACCGGUCGAGAGUGCUCAACAUACGUCACAGCGAUCAGCGGUGACUGCGACCUGCCAGGAUCCCUGAAAAUGGGAGGGUGGGAACCUAAGACUGGAGUUUCUGGUAUCUACCGAGUGGAUACUAACGACUCUCCGCCAUUCUCCAUGGAUUAGAUGAAAAAUAGAAAAGAAGAGAAGAGAA